AUGUACCGUUUUGAUACAUCUUGCGUCAUUCUGAUUUUAUGGAUUUUGGUAAACGCCUACGAGUAUUUUUACGGUGAUACGCUCAGCCCUGUCAACGCCAAACUCGAUACAUGGCACCAGCGCAGCGCAAGAGUUGCUAUUCGGAACAAUGACAACAAACUUGAAUGUGAACGACCCGAUUUCUACAUUUGUGAGGAACAUCCAUAUCUAGUCCCAGUUGAAGUGAAGAAAACAUGUGAUUAUCGAAGUGUGCGGUUUCAUGAACAAGUGUACAGAUGGGUAGCCGGUCGUGGCUGCCUACUCUUCACUCCGGACUUCCUGUACACAGCUGGGUACAACGAUUUGAAUUUGAACACUGCUUGCUACUACGGAAAUCUACGCGCACCUUGCUUAGAACUUGCUAAGGAAGAUGGAACAUGUGGUUGCUAUCCCUUCGACCCUGGUUUUGAGGAGGUCGUGUCAGUUGUCAAUCAAGCUUUGGUUCCGUCAGCUCAUGGAAGAUGGGAAAGAUGUUUUAACGCUGCCUCAGACUGUUGCAAUAACUAUAUGCUACCAAUUGACGCCAAUACAACUCCAGAAGGACAGUGUGAUGCGACAUUCGAUGGAUGGACUUGUUGGCACGCGGCGGAAGCAGGCGCCACAGCACAAGAAGUCUGCUCUGAAUUCGCUUACUCCAACGUUGGACCCACUUGCCAUCAUUUCAGUAGCAAGAGGUGUUUCGAUAAUGCGACAUGGGAGCUCCAAACUGAUUACAGCACCUGCAGUAUCACGCCGCGUCUUCUCCGUCGAUACCAUUUCCAUAUAGCCAUGUUGGCCUUCUCUAUCGCCUCCUGCCUCCCUGCUGUUAUCAUCUUCUUUUUCUACAAGCGCUUGAGGAUGACUAGGGUGGCAUUGCAUAGGAAUUUACUCAUUGCUAUUAUUGUGAGAAAUGUACUGGUCAUUAUUAGUAGGACGGAACUUUACAUAGAUGAGAUAACAAAUACGGGUGAUACCUCAAUGUCUACACACAGUAUCGCAUGCAGGGCUCUUAGCAUAGCGGAGAGAGUGGCAGGGAACGCUGUCUUUGUAUGCAUGCUGGUUGAAGGCAUUUACUUGCAUAGACUUAUUGUAGCCGUCUUCAGGAAGAAGUUGAACAUCAAAUGGUUGUACGCGAUUGGUGCUGUGAUCGCCAUCAUACCAGUAGUAGCAUGGGCCACAGUGAUGGGUAUAUACAACGACCAUUCAUGCUGGGUCAUCUACACUGUGGACCACGUCCAGUGGAUUCUCGACGGGCCAAGAAUCACUAUCCUGCUCAUCAAUACAAUUCUCUUCGUGGACGUACUGAGAGUUCUGCUCACUAAAAUCAGGAACGCCGAGAAUGCUAAUCAACUGAGCACAGCUAAGACGACAUUAUUUUUAAUGCCCAUAUUUGGAUGUCAGUUCCUACUGACAGCGUUUAGACCUAACACAACCAACUGUGUAGGAGAGCAGGUAUAUUUCUACAUCGCCUAUUCAGUGGAGGGACUUCAAGGAUUCAUCGUUGCCAUGCUGUACUGCUACGUUAAUAAAGAGGUUCGCAUGCUACUAAAAACAACAUAUAGAAAGACAGAAAGCGCCGUAGUUUCUAGAGUCCGUGGAGACUCUCAAUAUCCACGUAUGAGUAUAGAUCCCAAAUCAGACAGGAGACUUACAUACAGCACAGCUGUCCCUUCGCACAGCGUCGACGAUCCCAAAGACCAUGGCAGAACAAUCACGCCAAAACUACACGUUGCCGAAAUAAUAUCAAUACAGGCUAGCGAAAGAUUAGCAGAUAUUCUAGAGCCAGUUUACGAAACUAUAGAAAGUGGCGUAAUCAACGAAGGCUACGACUAUUUAGAAAGGUCUAGCGUGGACAACGAUUCUGCGUACAUAGUUAACAGGGAUCCAAGAGGAGACAAUUACUAUGGCUUCACUAAUGUUUCAAGUGUCUCUAUAGAUUGCCAAGACUGGAUUAAGUGUGUUUCGUCGCCUUCAAGCAGCAUUUACAACAACUCUUUGAACGAUUAUGACAAUAAAUAUUUAGAUAGAAAAUUUCCAAAUCCGAAACUGAAAGAGUUUAUCGAAGAUAAAAAAAGAUUAUCGGCUUAUGAUAACAUUAUCGAAGCAGAAACGAGCCAAGAGAAAUGUGUUAGCCCCGAUGAAAAUGCUGGUUGUUCGAACGAACCUAAGUCUGAUGAUGAAGUUAUUGAUAAUGAGUAUGUAGAUUGUUAUGAUAAUAUGCUUAACGAAAUAAUGCAAUAUAUGGAAACUACUGACAGCAAUAGUGUUCAACUAAACCCUAAUAAGCUGUGUCCAAAUAGGACAGAUGACGAAAAAAUUGUUUUUGUAGACGAAUAA